CGCCCCGGGCCCGCGGCGCCCGCAGCCGAGAGUGCCGGGCGGUGGGGCCUGCGGGUGGGAGCGGGUCUUCACCCGCGCAAAGUCCUCCCCGGCCGCCGGGUUCGCGUUUCCCCAGGUGCUCGCUCGGGUUUUCUGUCCGAGGGGAGCAAGCCAGCCGCGCUGCAGUUUACCGGCCGUGUGUCCGGUAGCAGCGAGGUUUAGGCCGGAGUCUGGCCUGCCAUCCAGCGUGUUAGCGGCCUGUCUGCCCAGCUCGAGGUUUUAAAUCUUUCGGAGUCGCAGGCUAAUAGAUUAUUUAAAAUGUACGGAACAUGGUGUUGACGAGGAUCCCCAGCUGCCAUGCGCUUUAGAUGCACAGGAUGACGACUUCAGGAGCUCUGUUUCCAAGCCUGGUGCCAGGCUCCCGUGGGUCCUCCAACAAGUAUUUGGUGGAGUUUCGGGCCGGAAAAAUGUCAUUAAAAGGAACUACCGUCACCCCAGAUAAACGGAAAGGGCUUGUGUACAUUCAGCAGACGGAUGACUCCCUCAUUCACUUUUGCUGGAAAGACAGGACAUCGGGUAACGUGGAAGAUGAUCUGAUCAUCUUCCCCGAUGACUGUGAGUUCAAGCGCGUGCCACAGUGCCCCAGUGGGAGGGUCUACGUGCUCAAGUUUAAGGCAGGGUCCAAACGACUCUUCUUCUGGAUGCAGGAGCCCAAGACGGACCAGGAUGAGGAGCACUGCCGGAAAGUCAACGAGUAUCUGAACAACCCGCCGAUGCCCGGAGCCCUGGGGGCGAGUGGGAGCGGAGGCCACGAGCUGUCUGCGCUGGGCGGGGAGGGUGGCCUGCAGAGCCUGCUGGGGAACAUGAGCCACAGCCAACUCAUGCAGCUCAUCGGACCUGCCGGCCUCGGAGGACUGGGUGGCCUGGGGGCCCUGACCGGGCCGGGCCUGGCCAGCUUACUGGGGAGCGGAGGGCCUCCGGCAAGCAGCUCUUCAUCCAGCUCCCGGAGCCAGUCAGCAGCGGUCACCCCGUCCUCCACCACCUCCUCCACUCGCGCCACCCCAGCCCCUUCCGCUCCAGCAGCUGCCUCAGCGACCAGCCCGAGCCCCGCGCCCAGCUCAGGUGACGGAGCCAGCACAGCAGCCAGCCCCGCCCAGCCCAUCCAGCUCAGCGACCUGCAGAGCAUCCUGGCUACCAUGAGUGUGCCGGCUGGGCCAGGAGGCGGCCAACAAGUUGACCUGGCCAGUGUGCUGACACCUGAGAUCAUGGCCCCCAUCCUUGCCAACGCGGAUGUCCAGGAGCGCCUGCUGCCCUACCUGCCAUCAGGGGAGUCCCUGCCGCAGACCGCAGAGGAGAUCCAGAACACGCUGACCUCACCCCAGUUCCAGCAGGCCCUCGGCAUGUUCAGUGCAGCCUUGGCCUCAGGGCAGCUGGGCCCCCUCAUGUGCCAGUUUGGGCUGCCCGCGGAGGCUGUGGAGGCUGCCAACAAGGGUGACGUGGAAGCAUUUGCCAAAGCCAUGCAGAAUAGCGCCAGCCCCGAGCAGCAGGAGGGCGAUGGGAAGGACAAGAAGGACGAAGAAGAGGACAUGAGCCUGGAUUAGGUUGCCUCCAGCCACGAGGGCUCAACCCCCAGGUCAUUUGGCCUCAGUAGUGGCGUUUGUGAUCACACCCUCUCACCUUUGCCCCAACGUGCUAAUCAGUAAAAGUCUUUUCUUUUAUCUGCCAA